UGAGAAAUUUGGCGCUUUUUGAUUACUCGGAUGGAAAAUAUCCACGAUAUCAAGUAGAUAAGGUAUUGCCUUAUCAAUUUGAACCUAAACUGGGCUUACAAACAAGCGAUAGCGGUGACGAGAGCGACUCCGAAGAACAGAAUGAAUCGUCUGACGAGGAUAUCACCAUGUGUUUGAGGUCGAAAAUGCUUGGCGCAUUUCGCAUUGAAGCCAAAGGAUAUUGA